UAAUGCUACAUCAAAUAUCAUCAUGCCCUAUCUUUCUUUUCCUCAUUAUAUUAGAACCAUUCUUCACCUAUAGUUUGGUACAAAAUGGAGAUCAAUAUUAGUUCAUAUGAUUCUUCUAACUUGAGCAGCAAGCAACAUCAUGAUGUUAAAGAGGACUAUACAUCAUCUUCAUCAUUCAAUCUAACCAAUGUUUCAAAGCUCAUUCUUCCACCACUUGGUGUUCCUAAAGAGACUCAAGUUUACUCUAAAUGGAUCAUUUCACCAAUGGAUUCAAGAUAUAGGUGGUGGGAGAGUUUUAUGGUGGUGUUGGUAGCAUAUACUGCAUGGGUUUAUCCAUUUGAAGUUGCAUUCAUGCAUUCUUCAAAUAGGGAGCUAUAUAUUGUGGACAAUAUUGUUGAUCUUUUCUUUGCUAUUGAUAUUGUGAUGACAUUCUUUGUGGCAUUCAUUGAUGGAACUACUCAUCUACUUGUUAGAGAUUCCAAAAAAAUUGCUGUUAGGUACUUGUCAUCAUGGUUCAUAAUGGAUGUGGCAUCAACAAUACCCUAUGAAGCAAUAGGCUACAUUGGCAAUCACAAAUUGAGUCUUCCUUUCUUUCUCUUGGGAAUGCUCAGAUUUUGGAGAAUCAGACGUGUCAAACAAUUCUUCACAAGGCUUGAGAAAGACAUCAGAUUCAGCUAUUUCUGGGUCAGAUGUGCUAGGCUUCUUUCUGUAACACUCUUUUCAGUUCAUUGUGCUGGUUGUCUCUAUUACAUGCUAGCUGAUAGGUACCCUCAUAAAGGUAAAACAUGGAUUGGAGCUGUCAUUCCAAAUUUCAAAGAGACAAGUCCUAGAACAAGAUACAUUUCAGCCAUAUACUGGUCCAUCACCACCAUGACAACCGUCGGUUAUGGCGAUCUUCAUGCUGUCAACACCAUGGAAAUGAUUUUCAUUAUUUUUUAUAUGCUCUUCAACCUCGGCCUAACCGCUUACUUAAUCGGUAACAUGACGAAUCUUGUAGUUGAAGGAACUCGCCGCACAAUGGAAUUCAGAAAUAGCAUUGAAGCAGCAUCGAACUUUGUGUACCGAAAUCGCUUGCCACCGAGGCUAAAAGAUCAAAUCCUUGCUUACAUGUGUUUGAGAUUUAAGGCGGAAAGUUUGAAUCAACAUCAGUUAAUUGAACAACUGCCAAAGUCAAUUUGCAAAAGCAUUUGCCAGCAUUUGUUUUUUCCAACUGUAGAGAAAGUCUAUCUCUUCAAAGGCGUCUCGAAAGAAAUCCUUUUGUCCCUCGUUGCGAAAAUGAAUGCGGAAUACAUACCACCGAAAGAGGAUGUUAUAACGCAAAACGAAGCGCCGGAUGAUGUUUACAUUAUAGUGUCAGGAGAAGUAGAGAUCAUAGAUAGUGUGAUAGAGAAAGAGAGAGUUUUAGGGACUCUAACAACAGGUGAAAUGUUUGGAGAAGUUGGUGCACUUUGUUGUAGGUCUCAGAGCUAUACAUAUAGAACCAAGACAUUCACAGAGAUUCUGAGGUUGAAAACUAGUGCUCUUGUAGAAGAAAUGCAUAGUAAAAAAGAAGAUAAUAUACUAAUACUCAAAAAUUUCCUUCAGCAUUAUAAGGAGCUUAAGAAUUUGAGUGUCAAAGAUGUAAUGUUGGAGAAUGUUGAAGAAGAAGAUCCUAACAUGUCUGUGAAUUUGUUAACUGUGGCUAGCACUGGUAAUGCUGCUUUUCUUGAGGAGCUUCUUGGUGCUGGUUUGGAUCCUGAUAUUGGUGACUCUAAAGGAAAAACUCCAUUGCACAUAGCAGCAUCAAAUGGACAUAAAGAGUGUGUUAAAGUCUUGCUCAAACAUACAUGCAAUAUACAUAUAAAAGAUAUGAAUGGUAACACUGCAGUAUGGUAUGCAAUAGCUUCAAAGCAUUACUCAAUCUUCAGAAUCCUCUAUCAGCUAUCUGCACUCUCUGAUCCAUACACGGCUGGAAAUCUCCUAUGUCUAGCAGCAAAAAGAAACGAUUUAACCGUGAUGAACGAGCUUCUAAAGCAAGGACUAAACAUCGACUCAAAAGAUGGACACGACACGAAGGCUAUACAAAUUGCUAUAACAGAAAAUCUUGUUGACAUGGUUCAGCUGCUUGUUAUGAACGGCGCAGAAGUUGAUGAUAUACAUAUCCAUGAAUUUUCUGCAUCCACCUUAAAUGAAUUAUUGCAGAAACGCGAAAUCGGGCAUUUAAUUAAUGUGAAUGAGGCAAUGCAUAGUGAGUUUGUAUUAAAGGGUGAAAAUCAAGAAGAUCAGAAACAAAUUAAGGAAAGAUAUAAUGGACUAGAGUGUCCAAGAGUAAGCAUAUAUAGAGGUCACCCAAUAGUGAGAAGAGAAAAAGGUUUCAUUGAAGCCGGAAAGUUAAUAAAGUUGCCGGAUUCAUUAGAAAAGCUCAAAAUUAUUGCAGGUGAAAAAUUUGAGUUUGAUGCAAGAGAUGCAAAGGUGACAAAUGAAGAAGGAGUAGAAAUUAACAGUAUUGAUGUGAUAAGAGAUAAUGAUAAACUGUUUAUUGUUGAAUAGACUAUUGAUGCAAAAUGCCUAAGUGUAUGUAAGUGUAUAAGGAUAUAAUCUUGAACGAAAGAAUUAGAGUGCUGUAAUACAAACACUCAGACACAGAAAAUGACACCUUUGUGAGGAAGUAGACUGCAUAGGAUUGGUAAUAGUGUUGAACUUAAGCAUACAAAUCUUUAUGAGCAGAUCCCUAAUGUAUUUGAAUGGAGAGAAAAGAAGUGUACUAUUGGAGUUCUUGCAAACCUUUAUACCAAGAAAGUAUUCCAAAUCACCUAAAUGCUUAAGGCAAUGAAAAGUUUAGCAGUGAUUUGUUCAAUAAAAUCAGUUCAAUGUGAGGUGUGUGUGGUGUGUGUGUGUGGUGUGUAUAACAUCAGUGAGUACAAUCUAUGAGAUUUUUCUAUACAAUAGGCAUAACAAAAGUGAGAAAUAUUUUUAUUUAUGACGAGAAUGUUACAAUGUUAUAAAACAAGUUUCAAUGUUAUGAAAUUAUGUUGCUCGAGGGAUAGAUGUAGGACUAGAUGUCUGGGACAACUUGUUCAACCAGAUAACACAUAAAAUGACCGUAACAAUUAUUCAAAG